UCGGCACCAACAUAUUCCUCCGCGUCUCUUACUUUAUCACGCAGACAUGCGAGGGGAGCGCGCAAUCUGAGCUACAGCCGAGGUACUCCGGACUUGAGGACCGAGUCGACGCACACCUUCAGGGGUCAUAAAGGAGAGCCGUUGCGGUGCACAUGGAUUGUAUCCCCGGCAUUCCACGUCUGCGCCGAGGCUGGGAUUAGCACCGCAUGGCUGGUCGGCGCACACAUGGAGUACAAAGCCGAUGCUGACGAGUAUGCCUGCCUGUCCGAGCCCGGUUCUCUCAGGGAGAUUUGUCCUCUCGGAUUCGCUCCAGGACCCUUCACCAUGAGGGCGACUCUUGGGUGAAUUGGUGGACUUUUUUUUUUUUGGGACGCGGGCUCUCCUUUGUGUCGGACAAGGGUUUAACUCGGAGGCGCUUUGCUUCGCCCAGCUGUUCCCGGGGGUCGGCAGUGAUGGCAGCCGGCCGCCCCCAGGCACAGAACCACCCGCCCGAGAACGGCUUCGCCCAACUGGACCUCCCGGCACCCAGGCUGCUGCAGCACGUCGACGGCUCGGUUCUACCGUCUCUCGGGGGGUUCGGGAGGCAUCAAAAGCAGCUUGUAGUUCUGACCUGGAUACCGGCGUUGUUCAUCGGCUUCAGCCAGUUCUCGGAUUAUUUCCUUUUGGCACAACCCAACGGCACGUGUUUGCAGCGUUUGUCGAACGAGAGCAAUGUGACCGUGGAAUUUCCCGCGGUGACCGGUACCGACCUCACGGUCAACAUUACCGGGGAAGGAUACGGUGACGGUGGCGGUGUGCUUUGCGCCUGCAAGGAGAGGAGGCUGGAGCUGCAAACUGGGCUAAGUCAGAAUGUGGUUACCAAGUGGAACCUGGUGUGUGACUCAGCCUGGAAGGUCCACAUUGCAAAAUUUUCUUUGCUGGUGGGCUCAAUAUUUGGCUACCUUGUGAUGGGUGUCAUGGCUGACUGGUUUGGUCGACAGCCAGUGUUGAUUCUCUCUGUGCUCUUCAUGCUGGUGUUUGGUUUGAGUGUUGCCUUCUCUGUAAACGUCACCAUGUUCAGCACCUUGCGCUUUUUUGAGGGUUUCUGCUUGGCGGGCCUCGCUCUCUCUCUCUACGUGCUAAGGGUUGAGCUUUGUCUUCCUGGCUGGCGUUUCUCCAUGACCAUGGUGGCCAGUUUCCUGAUGGUGGGCGGGCAGCUACUGAUGCCAGGGGUGGCCGCUUUGUGCCGCAACUGGCCAAAUCGGGAUGACUGGCAGGUCCUGCAGAUUGUAAUAAUAAGCCCCUUUGUGUUGAUGCUGCCCUACGUUUGGAUCUUUCCUGAGUCUUUACGCUGGCUGUUGAGCAACAGACGCUCAAAAGCUAUGAUGCUCCGUAUCGCAAGAAAGAACCAAGUUGACAUGACAAGCGAACCAAGCGGCGUGCUUUCAGAGCUGGAGCAAGAACUGCACAAGAAACCCCAGAGAGCCUGCAUUGUGAAGAUGAUGAGCACCAGGAACCUGUGGAAAAACAUUGUAGUGCUGUGUGUAAACUCGUUGACCGGCUAUGGGAUCCACCACUGCUUUGCUCGAAGUAUAAUGGACCCUGAGGCCCAGCCGACUGCUUUAUGCCACACAGACUACUACACAAUGGCUGGCAUCGCUGUGGCAACAUGCCUGGCACUGUGUCCCAUGGUGGGACUCAUGGGUAGACGUGGAGGGCUUCUAACCUUCAUGAUCAUCACGGCCCUUGCAUCACUACUGCAGCUUGGCUUGCUCAAUCUGAUUGGGAAAUACAGUCUCCGACAUGACACGGUUUUGAGGGACACUCUUAACAGAAAAUGUUCUGUGGCCUUCUCCAUCAUUGGCAUGUUCUCUUCUCAUGCUGUCAGUACCCUCAGCAUUUUCUUUUGUGCAGAAAUCACACCGACAGUUAUCAGGGGUGGAGGUCUCGGCCUGGUCCUGGCAAGUGCCGGCUUUGGCAUGCUCACGGCGCCCAUCAUGGAGCUCCACAACCAGAAGGGCUACUUCCUGCAUCAUGUGAUCUUUGCUUGCUGCACGCUAUUAUGUAUCAUCUGCCUACUGUUGCUCCCUGAGCCCCGCGGUCAACCUUUGCCCGAGACCUUGGCCGACGGAGAGACGUUUACCCGUCGAACGUUGCUCCACCCCGGUGAGCAGCACCUUCUCCUCGCCAAGAGUGACAGGGACUACUCGCGCGUCCACGACACGCCACUCCACCUGUCCGCCACCGGGAGUGCUACUGUGGCAGCAGCGACCGCUCUGGCAGCGGUACCCGCCUCAUACUCCUUGGCCACUGGCGGGGAGGUCAUCGGCAACCACACAAUAGCCAAUGGGGUAUGAACCUAACCACGAUUCGUCGGGCGACCACUAAGAAGACUGGAGCCCUAAAAUAAAUGUGUGACUUGCGGCCGUGUCCUAACUCGCACACUUCCAUACUUUUGAGUGCAGAAAGUAGUGCACAGUCAGUACCAGAUGUCGCACUUAAAAUACCAUCUUGGCGAAGUAGCGAAGAGGAAAAAAGUCAUACCAAUAAAAGGUUUCUUGUAUGCUUAUUUUAAAUGUACGGCAUAUUUGGCAACUGCCGGGGUGUCUAAUGAUGAUAAAUGAUACCUGCACAAUUUGGGACAACACUACUUUGUCAAAAUUGUAUUUGAUUUGAGACACGGCCUGUAUUUUGAUUUGGGAAAACGUUUUGCUAAAGGUCUGAUAAUUGGUUGCAACAGUAAGGCUGAAAUGGAAAUGGAGAUACAGUUAGGGCAAAACAAGUAUUUAGUCAGCCACCGAUUGUGCAAGUUCUC